AUGAGAAAUCACUUCGCCUCUUUUUCAAUAGCCAAAAAGUAAUCACCAGAAUCUUUAAUCAUUACCGUUUAGAUUGGUAAAGAUAGUUUCUUUGACCUGCAGUUUGAAAGUGAGAUGAAUUCAAAGAUAUCAGGUUACACUAUAAUAAAGCAGGAUCUGAUUAUAAGUUCAACAGAGAGCUCAGUCAAUGAUCGCUUUGAUUUCUUUUUCCUAGAGAACGACGAGGAGAAGCUAUGCUACAAAGAGGCUAUCAAAGACAAAAAUUGGAGUAAAGAGUGUGCUUUUCUGAAUGAUAGGAAAAGAAAGACUUUCUUGAAUAAAAAGGACUUUAUCUACAAGUUUGAAGUAGACCAUCUGCUUGAUUUUGAAUUCAACAACACUAUGAUCAUAAUCGACAACUCACCCUUCCCCUACAAUAAAACUACAAGCGAGGGAGCAAUCGAAGUAUCAAUAAUGAAGGAAAACAUUUACACAAGCUCGAUGAAUUACUACACAGCUAGUUACUGCUUAAUCUUGGUCUUCUCCAUGCUCUUCAUCAUUCUGCUGGGAACGCUAGUCAAGUUUUAUCGAGUCAAUGUGUCGCUCAAGCGAGACGUUGAAUAGUUCAAAACAUCCUUUCAGAUUAAGACCAUGCCUCAGAGUUUCAUAGCUCACUUUUCGGUGCUUGAUAAGACUGCUAGAUUUCCAACUCUCGAUGGGUCUAGAUAUUAAUCAAAGAAUAAAAAAUCUAGCAACAGUAAAACUUUGAAAGUAAGUAAUGGAAGUAAUAAUAGUAGCAGAAAGCAAAGUAAAAAUAAUAGCAACCUAUCUUCUUAAAAUCCCACCCCAACAAACCAGCAAACAAAAAUAUUAAAUGGCAAAAAAAAUAAAAGAGAUAGCAUUAGUGAAAUAGAAAGCCAUAUAAAUAGCAAUGAUAUCAGUCAUAUUGAAAAUGGGAAAAACAGCAUUAAUGAUAUAAGCAAAAUUGGUGAAAAUAAUAGUGAAUAUCUUAUUGGAGUUAGCUCAAAUAGCCGAAAUUUUAAUAAAUCUAUUUUCAAUAACUCAAAUACUUUUAAUAAGAAAGCUAUUAAUAGGAUAAACUCUACUAGAAUAUAGGAGGAUAGUGAGUAUUAAAGAAGAGAUUUUGGGUAAUCAAGGAUUUCAUAGGAUCUUAGGAAGCAUGAAGGUUAAUACAAGCUAAAUAGCUUUAAUGGGUAAUAAAUUUUUAUUCUUAAUUUUAAUAGUAUGCUAAGGACAGGCGGCUCAAAGAAAUUGUUAUCGAAAGAAAAUUAACUUAUAAGGCACAAGGAUAGAAUAAAUUCCUCAAUGAUAUCAGAGAAUUCAAUCAAGAAGAUAGAAUGGAACAGCGACUCUGACUUUGAAAAUUCUAGUGAUGAGGAUUUAUCGAGUAAAAAGUGA